UUUUUUUUUUACAAAUGAAUAAAGUCUUUUGCCAUUUUAUAUUUAGAUUUAACCAAUUAAACAUUAAACAACAUAAAUCUUUAUUGAACACUUCUACAUUUUCAACAUUUCGUAAUUUACUAAAAGAAGAACAUGCAAAAUUAAAUAAUGUACAAGCAGAACGAACAAAAGAAUACAACAUACGAAGAUCUUGGUCAAGUGAAGACACAGAAAAGUUACUCAAGUUGAUAAAGAAAUAUGGGAAUAAAUGGAAAGUAUUUGAAAAUUAUUUUCCUGGUCGAAAUGCAUUCUGUAUUCGGUCUCAUUAUUUGUCCAAUGUAUGUGAUGCAACUCGCUGGACUUUAGAAGAAAAAAAAAUAUUACAACAGAAUUUAGGAGCGAUACAAGAUCCAAAAAAGAUUAACUGGGAAUUGAUUCAAGAAUCGUUACCAAAGAAACGAACGAUCGCACGUAUCCAAGAAUUUUACAAUAAUUCCAUGCAUCCUGCAUUAAAUCAUGGUAGUUGGACAGAAAAAGAAAGCACAAAGUUAAAAGAAUUAGUUUCAAAAUAUGGAAAAAAUUGGGAAAAGAUUUCAAAGAAAAUAAAAUCAAGAAGUGAAAAGCAAUGCAGAAACAAAUGGGCUUAUGAGAUGACUAGCUUAAAAAAAGGUUAGAAGAUUAAGAUAAGAUACAUAUAAUAUGAGUAUGAAUGAAUGACUAAAAAAAAAAAAAAACAAAUAAA